CGAAGACCCGCUAACAUCAGUCGCGCUCCGGCAGCGGCGCGAGUGGAUCGGUCUGGGUUACCCAGUCGGGGCGGCCUACUACGUCGAAGGGGGCCACUCGGACCAAAAGGGCGCUUCUUCGGCGUGCCGCGGAAGUUUGAGGAACGCGCUCUCUGCUACUGCUUCGCCAAGUAUGUACGAAACUUCGCCGCAAGACGCGACGGCUUGUGCCGUCUCCGUGGCCUGCUCGCUGAGUGGGGCGUGAAGAUUUCGAAGGAAGCUUGUAUGCGUCCGUCUGUCCAGCGAGAGAAACGCAGCUGGCUUGGAAAGAUAAAGCUGCCUGGAACACUACUGUGGGCGUCGGCUACAUUUCUCCAAGAGAGACGUGCUUUUACUGCAGUGUGAUAGAGAGGACGUGGCGAGGCGACGAGUUGAGUACUUCCUAAAGUUUCCGAAGGAGGCUCGCCGCUGUCUUUACUUGUGACGGAGUUCAAGCUGAGUGCGUGCUUGAGAGAUCGGGAAGCUUGCUUCGGUACUGCAUGCAAAUAUGACACUUUACCAAAUGACGCCAAUUCUCUCUUUCAUUCGAUCACAAAACAAACAGAAUACCUCGGCGAAGUCCGCAAGAUAGAAGUUCGAAGCUUUUAUGCAGAUUACAAAAGCUAAUUGCCGCUGUGUUUGUGCCCCUGUACCUGUGUGUGCCGAAAGACGGUGCCUGUAACUGAAGUAAGCGUGAUCUUUUACGACUAGUGGUCUUCAUAACCGUGGCUGCUGACAACGUUUUCCUUUGUCGAUUUCUUUGCUUUUUGUGUCUUUCUGCAAACCACGUCUCGUGUUCUGAUCAGCGCGAAUUUCUUCCUCUAUUUUAUAUUAAAAGAAAAAUAUUGCCGGCGAACUAUGGAACGGCACUCCUUCUCGCUAGAGUAGUGUGCUUGUGUGUUACGCAUCUUUCUUCAGCAGCAAGACAGUUCGUUGUCUGAGGCUGGCGUGUGCUGAUUAUUUCGCGGAAUGUAGUGUGGUGAGAGUCGUUUGGGCGACAGUGAAGUAUUGAAGGUGCACGCGACUCCCAAAAUUAUGUGCAUGGCUAUGCUGUUCGUUUAAGUUUAAUGUACUUAGCAGCGAUAGAAACAGUAAGCUGAGCUGCGAAGAAUACGUCUUGCUUAGAUACGCACAAGACGUUUACCAGCAUCGCAAAAAACGGAAGUUGAUUGGCUUGAAGAAAACGUGAACACAAUAUUCGCACGAUUGCAAGAUAUUUGGUUGCGUGCUUGUAAUUUUCAUCAGGUUACUUUUUUAUGCGCUCAUUGUACGUUCAACCGUGAUUCGAAUCCUCCUGACGCUUCUGGCUGAAACUGGCUGAGCGAAUUUUGCCGGCAAAGCUUCGUGCCAAACUCGAACAUAGUACCAAUGCACCCCUUCAACGUUCGGACCAGAAAAUUGAAGCUGAUAAUGACUUGUAGUCGAUGCGGCACUUCAACUAGGUAUAUUCUGCACAAGUACAAUUGAUUACGGCUAUUAACUAUUUCCAUAUGCAAACUACAUUAGUGCUAGCACACUCAACAGUGAAGGCGGUUGUCAUGCGUUCAUUAUAAUGUAAUGUAGAUGUUUCCGUAUAGCAGAGGCGUUAAUAUUUAUUGCUCUUGGUUCGACCCACCAGGGUCUAAACGGUGCGCUGACUCUGAAUUGACCAAUUCUCUUUCUGAACCACUUCAUAAGGAAGGAAGUUUGAUCUGAUUGAAGGGUACUUUUAGUGAUUAUUCACAACAAAAUUUUCAGGUAAUAUGCACACUGAAAUUAUUAGUCUUGCAACAUCAGCGUAUACACCGGCUUUCUAUGUGCUAAGUCGGCUAUCUUCAUAAGCUGUCAAUCUAUUCCGUGCUAUAAUUACCGUGAACCUUAGUCAGGCUACAGAUUAUAAUCUUGCUUGCUGGCUCUGUACAGGAGUUCAAUGUCGUCACUUGCACAUUAUCUGUCCUGGAAUUAUUAUUAAGAAAUGUUUUUUUACUUCUAUCAGGCACCAAAUCUAUAUAGUACAAAACGAGGUCAAGAUGUGUUCGUGAAGCUGCUGUUUGUAUAUAAUGAAUAAGAGAUACACAGCUGCGAAGAUAUAUCCAAGGCACUGUAUCACGUAACGUACUGUUACACGCUUGAGCUUAGGCUCCGUCAAAGCACCGAUUACGAGUGAAGUGACACACUGCCGUUUCAAAUACUAAUUCUCCGUGUUCCCUAUAUAUAUCUAAUACUGCGCGUAAUUAUAGCACAGUAGCCGCUAACCAUCACGUAACGCUUUUUCAUCUGACUAGUCACUAGUCCUUGAGCUGUGCCACGACUUCUAAGUUCGUUUUGACAGCUAUACCAUUUCACAAAGAUCAUCGUCACUAUACUUGAAAGGCAGACGACCAACUAUACAAAUAUACGAAGAGAACACGCUUCGCUGCAUUUCAUGGCUCUAAGCACAUAUGACGACUCCAUUUUUUUCUCGUAUGCAUGCAUGUGUGAGUGAUAAGCGUCAAACGCCGUCACUGAAAGACUUCGUCAUCCCCGUACCUUUGUGAGUGAAAAAGUGAAUGCGUGAAAAGUGAAGUGAAUCCGACGCAGGCGUGCAAAGUGUCCACAUACCGACGCAACCGGCUUUCGUACGCAUCUCAAAUGCCUGUAGGAAAACAUCACGACGCGUAUGGAUUGCUCCGGGCAAGCACGCCACUUGUUGACUCGAGUGUCUAGACUCCCGUCUCAAAACACCGAGUGAUUGAAGACGCGCUAUGGCAGCGGACAUGUCGUCUUACCCUAGACGCAGCUAUCGAAGAAGCGGUCCUUUAGAUUCGCACAAGCCUCUCUAGGUGUUCCGAGGACUGUACUUAAAUUCUAUCGGGAAGAUCGAGAGCCGUUCUUCUAGAGUGUCUGGCAACAUUGCUUUGAUGGGAACAAAGACGGCAGGAAGCAUGGCCAGCGCAUCUUCGACAGCGUUCAAGCCCGUCGUUUCUCCGGACGCGAGAACGACUGCGUGCCCUGUGAAGUCCGCGCUUUCCGACGAGAUUAAGGUGGAAACUGAGUCUGACGGUGAAGGGAGAGGUGGCGGAAGAGAAUGCGCGACACCGGAGGGUGAUGGCAAAACCCAGCAUCGUCAUCAGCAGGGAAGAUCGGACAGCUUCGGACGUCCCGAGAGACCAUCGUUGCGGUCCGAUCCACCGCGGCAGCUGAGCAGCGCCGAGCAGCGCAUCGCGGCCACGAUCCGGCAGCACUACUACCCCGAGGGAGGCUGGGGUUGGGUGGUGUGCGUCUGCGUGUGCCUCGUCAACGCCCUCAGCUGGGGGAUGCAGCUCAACUACGGAGUCAUGCACGCUGCGGCCAUCCAGCAGUUUGGCGAGGAGCACGCCGGCGAGGCCCCAUGGCUGGGCUCUGCGUCACUAGCCUCUUCGCUGUUCGUGUCUCCAGUGGUCGUGGCCUGGUGUCGACGCAAGAGCGUCCGCCUCACGGCAGUCUUGGGCGGCCUGGUGGCGGCAUUGGGCUGCCUAUUCUCAUCGUUCGCAUCGCAGUUGCACCAAGGCCUGUUCAGCCAGGGCCUGGUGCUGGGCUUGGGCCUGGGCAUGGCACGAGACGCCGGGAGCCUGGUGCUCGGUCAAUACUUCAAGCGACGCCGCCACUGCGCUGAGGUGGUCGCAUGUGCUGGUUCCGGACUGGGCACGGCGGCCAUGGCAGCGUUUUUUCACUCGGUGCUCGGGUCCCUGGGCUGGCGCCAUGGCCUUCAGGCCGCAACGGGCCUGGUGUCCCUGAAUUUCGUGCUCGGUGCCUUCUACCGGUCGGCGUCUCUGUACCACCCGCAACGUCGCGCCAUCCUGCACCUCAAGAACCAGCGGCGCAAGAUCAAGGAGAAGAGACCGCGCACCGAGAAGCCGCCCUUCUUCGAUUUCGCCGCGCUCCGUACGCGCACGCUGAGAGUCGUCAUGGUAACCGCAGCUCUCGCAGCAGCUGGACUCUACACCCCCUUCUUCUGCCUCGUACCAUUGAGCGCAGCCGAGGGCGUCCAAGGAGCGUGGGUGCUGCAGGCCCUCCUCGGUCUCGCAACUGCGGGCGGAACUGGCGUCGCUGGAUUGCUGCUGUUGCGGCGUCCGACGGAGUGCGCGCUCAGCCGUCGUUGCCUGUGCCAGCUGUCCCUGCUGGGCGCCGGCCUGGCCAUGCUGGCACUCGGAGCGCUGAACGGUUUCGCCGGCUACGCGCUGUUCGCGGCCGUGUACGGUGCCAGCGCCGGCGGAGUGGCCUACGCGCUGCGCAUGCUCGUCUUCGAGCGGCUGAGGGCCAGGCACUUUGGCCGCGCCUGGGGUUUCGUCCAGUGGGCGCAGUGCCUGCCGGUUUUAGUAGGAGUGCCCGUUACAGGUUACAUCAGCAAGUCGCAGGAGGACCCCAAGGCGGGCUUCUACUUCUCGGCCGCGUGCACUUUCGCGGGCGCCACGAGCCUCUUCUUCCUGCCAGAGGCCGCCAGAGUCGAGUCGCUGCUGUGCCACCACGUUGCGCAGCAUCAGCAGCGCCAACGUCAGGACAGCAGCCACUCGCACGACACGUCAUGCUGUGGCGAGCGCCAGUGCGUCCGGCCUGUUCACCACUGCCACCACCAUCACCCGAGCGUUGGCGGCGAGAGCCCGAACAAGGGCAGCUUCGAGGGCCCCAGCCCCACGGAAGCCGGUGACGUCGUGGUAGCCAACAACACCCCGUGCACUUGCCGUAGGUCGUUGCUGUGCUACCAGAGGACUAUGUCGUGGGCCACGUCUGUGGACUUACUCGACCAGCCGGCGCUUGCGGGACUCGCGCUGGAUGCAGAGUGCGUGGAAGACGAAGUGGGCGACGUCGUGGCUGGACCUCAGCUUUCGGAACGCGUCGUUGACGAGAGGAUCGUCGCGGAGAUCGGCGGGUGCGCUGCGUGCGGUGUGGCGACGGCAGGACCGCUGUGUGAGUGCGUGCAUACCAGAGACCGAACUGUGGUGGUGUCGCCCAAGAAGAUGCACGUACCGCGCUGCUCGCACGAGCCACUUAUCUUCCGGUCGACUAUGGCGCCUAUUGAGGAAGUGACCAGUACGGUAUAAUGGCUGUGUGCUUGUGUGAGCGCGUGGCUGGCUUGCGCUUGUGGACAGUCAAACAAACAAGCGCACUUGUGAGACUCCGGCUUCUACUAUACGCCACCUCUAUUUCGAUGGAGAGACGAAUCAUCGGCGGAAUUUAGCCUUGGAAUGGUGUCGAAUCAUCCUUUGAUGAUCUGUCUGCGAGCUCAUCAGGACGGCCCUUUACAUAAUCUGCGAUGGCCUCACGCGAAGUUAACGCGCUCAAUUACACUGCUCAUACUGCAUAUUUGUUCUGUGAUUUCUUUUUGUGCUACAGCAAGGCCGUAGCGAAGUCGAAAGACGAGGAUGUAAAUUACCACUGCCGUCGUUUGCUUUCCGCUCAGCCAGGCGCUAAGCCAAAUGUUGUUAUCGCUAUGUACAGUACCUGUACUUUUUCAUAUUUCCUGCCACUUCGAUUCAUAAUUGAAGUGACAAUAGUUAGACGUCACGACCUCCUUCUUGACAUUGUGGAACGAAUAAAGAUUGUGUCUCGCCUGGCGAUGACCUAAUGAUUUUUACUUGUCUGCCUAGCAUUUUUGUUUGAUCAGCCCCUGAGUAGCCAGCAAUUCGUUUGUAAACUCGCAAAGAGGUAGUAAACAACGGCAUGUACGGUGAAGACGAUGUUGCCAUGGCGACGAUGACAACGACGAUGACUGCGGCAUGGUGACGUCGAAACUGGCAAGGCGACGACGAUGGCAUGAAUCUCGAUGUCGAUGCCCUGGAAACCAAGAAGACACAGACAGCUACUCACAAAGUGCAAAGAUUGCUUCGCUCCUUAGGGGCUUCUGUUAACCGGCAGCAAGCAACCGCUAGUUUAGUUAUCGAAUUCCGUUCCGCCCUUGCCGCGAACGGCUGUUUAAACAAAAUAUAAAUGAUAAAAUUAUAUAAACUAAAAUGUGUUAAGUGUGCUUGCUGUGGCAGUGUUUUUAUAACUGAUACAAUAAUAAACUAAAACAACUUUUGUUGCGCGGAAGAAACGAAAAUGCUUUCCCUUUCCCUCAACUGAGUUUUAUCGUCGAUUUCGUGUGAGGCGGCGACGGCUGAUGAAGGCUCAGCGCUUCUGGCUCAGCCAUUCAUGCAUGUUGUGCGUGUUCCUGAGUGUUGUGCGCAUUUUCCUUGGUUUUAGCGACAAUUUCUGCUUUCACUAGAAAACCGACCAUGCGAAACUUCAGAACCAUCCGUUUUUACGGGGUGUCACGAAACGAGUGCGGUAGAGGAGCUCGGAUCAAGCGACGAGACGGCUGUGUCGUGGCACCAUUACACUUGCGUGGCUCUGUGGUGUACUCCAGGUUCUUUCUAUUCCCCGAAGACGUCAGGUAAGCCAUAUCUUGUUCCGCAAG